AUGGGUUUACCGGAAGAGAUUGAGACACGCCUAUUCAUCAACGGAGAGUUUGUUGAGUCGUCCAACCGCAAAACGUUUGACAUAAUAAAUCCGGCCACACUGAAGCUUGUUGCCAAGGGAUACGGACAAUGCAGUAGCAGCUGCAAAAGCGGCUUUCCUGCAUGGUCUGCCCUCUCUCCGGAUCAAAGGGGACAGUCCUUUAAGAAGCUGGCAAAGCUCAUCAGCGAGAACAACGAUGAGCUGGCUGCGUUGGAAGCGAGCUCAAUGGGUCGGCCAGUGGGUGAAUACCACGACGCACAUGCGGCGGCGGCCAAGUGGGAUCGCUACGCGGAAUGCGGAUACACUGUGCAGGGGACUACCAGCGUGCAAACCCCAGGAUACAUCAACAUGACACUGCGACAGCCGUAUGGAGUGGUGGCAGCCAUUAUUCCCUGGAAUGUGCCGCUGUUCUUCUUGGCCAGCAAGCUCGCCCCGGCGCUGAUUGUAGGAAACACGGUCGUCUUGAAAAGCUCCGAGAAGGCGCCUUUAACAUCGGCCAAAAUCGCCACAUGUGUUCAACAAGGCGGAUUUCCGCGCGGCGUCAUCAACAUCAUCACGGGGGUUGGAAAUGUGAGCGGGUCGGUCUUGAGCCACCACAUGGACGUGCGGGCCUUGUCUUUCACGGGCUCCAGCCGCACGGGGCGACUUAUCCAAGAGGCGGCGGCCAGGGCGAACCUGAAGCAAGUGUUCCUGGAGCUCGGGGGCAAGUCGCCAGCCAUUGUGUUUGAGGACGCGGACCUGGACAAGGCGGCCAAGGAGACGGCACAUAGCCCGACGAUAUUCGCCCACACGCCCGAGGAUGCGAAGAUGAUGAAGGAGGAGAUAUUCGGGCCGGUGGUCAACAUCAACGUCUUCGGCAGCGAGGACGAGGUGCUGGCCAGAGCAAACGCAACCGAGUGCCGCGGGCACGGCCUGUACGCGUCCGUGUACACCAAGGACAUUGACCGGGCCAUGCGCUUUGCAAGGGGCGUGGAGGCCGGGACGGUGGGCGUCAACUGCACGACGCCGACCACGGCCACGGACAUGCCGUUUGGCGGCUACAAGGCGUCGGGGUCGGGCCGCGAGGGCGAGCCGGUGUACUCGCACUCGCUGGACGGCUUCCUCGAGACCAAGACGGUGCUGUGCAUAGAUCCCAUCCCAGGGCCAUGUCGCUACUGCUUGCGCACAGGCGCCGUCUGCACCAUUGCCACUCCCAGGAGGAAACGGCCCUACUAUCAUGUGACGGAAGAAGAGUACCAGUGUGCCAUGCGCAUCCUCGAGCACUUCUUCCCCGGCCGUGAACUGAACCUGCACUCUCUGCGCACCAUUGCCAAGGCAAUCAAGGACGGCACUUUUGAUGCCCAGCCUGUCGAGCACACGGAUUCGCUCUUUGCCACGGAUGCCCCCGAGCUCCACCAUGGCGACGGCCUCGGUCAUGGCGACGAGCAAGACGUCCACGAGCUGCACACGCUGCUGGGCUCCAUGAUGAAGGACUCGCGGGGCGAGUUCCGCUACGUGGGCACUCACAGCGAGAUACCCUUCAAUGCCGCCGUAGCAACCCUGGGCAUGCAGAGAAAGGACCCGUCCAUCAUCCCCACGCCAAGAGUAGGCGCCUACCCCCCUACGCUGGCGGCUACAUCGCCUUCUACCGACUCGGGUGGUGAAGAAGUCUACUAUCUGCCCAACCGUGAACUCUGUGACAUUUACGUUUCCCGCUUUCUCGAAGACGUGCAUUGCACCCACUGGCUGUACCCUGUCGAAUCAUUAUUGCGCCGUGUCGAGAGCACCUAUUCUGAAUCCUCGUACUCUUCCACAAGCUCAUGGAUGUGCUCUCUAUACACAAUCUUCGCCAUUGGAGCUGCCAACUAUGUGGGACACCACGGCAGCUCGCCACCCCCAGACUGGCCCGCAGCGACAGACACCAAGACAUCCGAGGACUAUCUCGCCCUUGCCAAACAACUAAUCCCAGCCGUGUACGACCAGGCUGACAUCGACAGCAUACGUGCAAUGACCAUUAUGUCUCUCGCAAUGGAGAACCUUUGCUCCAGAGUCAGUGCUUACCUGUACAUGGGGGCUAGUGUACAAAUGGCCUUUUCGCUGGGUUUGCAUCGAGACCAGGUUCCUGAAUCAGCUACGCCGUUUGACCGUGAGCAAAACCGCAGGAUUUGGUGGACGCUGUUUCAACUCGACCAAGAAAUCUCUUCACGAGGUGGCAGCCCGACCAUCAUAGACGAGCGUUUCACAAAGGUUACUACGCCUAUGCCAUCUGAGCAGAUACUAUAUCCAGGCCUGCACACGCCCCUUUCAUGGGUGGCUACGUCGGUAUCUCUCUGUCGCCUGAGGCGCGAAAUUGUCCAACAAAUCUACAUGGACCGUGCCGCCGACUCCAUCUCCUUUUCGACCAUUUCCAACUCGCUUCUUUUGUUGCAGAAAUGGUAUCGGCAAAUGCCAGCACACUUGAAGUAUGAUGUCCCUGCGCCCCCAACUUACAGGCGCGCGGUUGCUGUGCUACACCUGCAAUACUGGAGUACUACAAUUCUCUUGACAAGGCCCUUCUUUCUCUAUCUCGUCAUCAAAUACAGCGCGCUUGCCUCGAGCAAAAAGAUCUGGUUUGAGCGCAUGGGCAAAACCUGCAUUGAUGCAGCUCAAAAAAGUACCGCAAUUCUAAAAGACAUGGCCAGCAGUGGCACUCUUUCUAGUCUGAUUGCCUUUGACAGCACUUGCAUCCUACGGUUGAUCAUAAUAUUCAUUCUGGCCUAUGCCCACACGAGGCUACCACAAUACAACGAGCACAUCCAGAGCUUGAUUGAUCUCAUCCGUGGAAUGGAACAGAUUGGCUUCACCAAGAUGGUGGCGGAAGAAACGCCUGUUCGUCUCGCAGAUUUGGGAAUACCAGAGUUCGUGCACAGAAAUGAAACUAACCAUGCGCCUGCUCCACUGGAUGAUGCAGCAGUUAGCCAACUCUGGAGCAAUUGGGAUCCAAAUUUUAUGACUCCAUUGCAAAUGCAGCAGAGUCUCGACGUAACAUUCGAUGACUCUGGUGCUUUCGAUAUCAACUCGGAGAUUUUAGCGUUUACCAGCCUGGAUGAGUCCAUCGUCAUUGAUCCAUCAUACGCAUACAUGCCCUACGGCACAUAGUAAUUCACAGGUUAAAACCAGGCAUAUCAAACAUUCCGUUGAUCUAAGACUGUUUCGGUCACUACCAAAUAACCGAUGGGAGGCCCGUAAAUGAAAAGGAGUUAGCAUGCGCCUUUCCAAAGAGCCACUGCGCUUCCAAUCGAACAUCAAUACGCCUACGGUGCAUAUCGUGGUGCCGUUUUGAUCAAAGAAGCCGAGGUUUGAGCAUCAACCAUCCCAGGGGAAAGAGUGCUGGAAGGGACGGGGUUCAUGUGGCAUAGCGCAUCAUAAGCAACUACAUUUUGUAUUUUAAACGCAGCAGCGGCGUAAUUUUUUGUGACAAGAUACCCCAUAGGAGGGAGCACAUGGGCGUUGCAUGUCGCCAUCGUAUCAAGUAAUUGUCAAGGUAAAUGAAUCAAAUCAAUCCAU